AUGUCCAAUAGCGAAAGACGACCAUUAUUAGAACCCGCUCAACAUGACAUACUUAUCUCCCCGGGUAUACCCGUUUUCCCGGACAGUCUUCCAGGUACAACCUAUGGAAAGAACAUCAGCUGGACCAGCGCUUAUAUCCUGGUGGUUUCACGGGUGAUUGGGAGCGGUAUCUUCGCCACUCCUGGAUCGAUCGUGAAAUCUGCGGGUAGUGUUGGCCUGACACUUCUAGUGUGGCUAGUUGGCACUAUCCUAUCAGCAUGUGGCUUGUCAGUGUCGAUGGAAUAUGGCUGCAUGCUACCCCGGUCAGGAGGAGAUAAGGUAUACCUGGAGUAUGCUUAUCGCCGACCGAAGUUUCUCGCGUCGACUGUGGUCGCGGUGCAUGCAGUAGUUUUGGGCUUUACAGCGAGCAACAGCAUUAUAUUCGCCAAGUAUACCUUAUUUGCGUUGAACAUCGAGCCGACCGAUCUGCAAUACAAGGCUCUGGCGAUUGGUCUUUUGACCGCCAUUACAGUAAUCCAUGGCUUCUUUUUCAGAACCGGCAUUUUCAUCCAAAAUGCGCUGGGGUGGGUCAAGAUAUUUUUGAUCGGCGCCAUGUCUUUGACAGGUGUUGGGGUGCUGCUUCUGCAGUUCUUGGGUGGUGAUGUCAAUGCUUCGCCCGGGGCUAAGCGAUUCAGUGGUAUUUCUUGGGAUACCUUGUGGGAGGGAUCUAAUUGGAGCUGGAGUUUGCUGUCGACGGCGCUUUUCAAGGUCAUUUACUCUUAUGCCGGACUAAGCAACAUCAACAACGUGCUCAAUGAGGUACAAGACCCUGUUAGCACACUCAAAACUGUGUGUCCUUCAGCUUUGCUUACAGCUGGUGGUCUCUAUUUGUUGGCCAAUCUAUCCUAUCUUCUGGUUAUUCCAUUGGAUGAAAUCAAGAACAGUGGAGAGCUGGUUGGUGGACUACUGUUCGAGCGGCUUUUUGGUAACAUUGGAAGCACACUCUUUCCACUCGCCAUCGCAAUUUCAGCUGCAGGCAAUGUUCUGGUAGUAACCUUUGCUUUGGCGCGAGUCAACCAAGAAAUUGCCCGUCAAGGUUUCUUACCGUGGCAAAAGCUGCUAUCGUCUUCGCGUCCCUUUGGCACUCCGCUCGGUGGCCUUAUUGUGCACUAUGUACCAUCUCUAUUAGUCAUUGCGCUACCACCCCAACAGGAUGUCUACAACUUUAUCCUUGAUGUGGAGGGAUACCCCGGUAACAUCAUGGCCCUCGCCGUUACCAUUGGGCUAUUGGUACUACGAUACAAAGAGCCAAAUCUCCCGCGACCCUUCAAGGCAUGGCUCCCGGCUGUUUGGCUACGAGUUGUAGUUUGCAUUACACUAUUGGUGACACCCUUUGUUCCACCUCCAGGCGGGCAAGGAGAUGUCCACUUUUUCUAUGCAACAUAUGCCAUUGUCGGGAUAAGCAUAAUCAUCUUUGCUAUCCUUUAUUGGUAUGUCUGGACGGUGGUUUUGCCCCGUAGGGGAGGGUAUAAGUUGGAAGAGGCUGUGGAGACACUGGAUGAUGGCACAACAAUUACUCGACUUGUUCGCUCAUUUCCCUCGCUUUCAAGAGAUUAG